CUACUACUAGUACUUACUUGUGUUUUGUAACAAAGGGCCCACCUCCUCCACAAUUUCAUCUUCUCCCUUUCUCUCUCUUCUGGGUUGUAGCAGCUCUUCUUCAGCAGGCGGCGGCUGCGGCGGCGCUUCUGGCUGCAACGACCUUCUUCAACCUCAAGCUCUUUCGCCUUUAAUCUCUGCAAUUCGACCUUCUUCUUUGUCUCCCCUCGGCCGAUCCUUUUCUCCGUCGUUGCCGUGAGCUCUUCUUCGAGAAGGAAUGGCUGGAAAAGUUGUCCCAGCUGGAACCACUGAAUCUUUUGAAUAUGAGCUUUUGGAAGGCGUGGAUGAUGACAACCUUAGGACUGUGGUAGCAACAUCAAAUGAGACAACUAUAUGGAUUGACCCUUCGACAUUGAAACCUAGGCAUAGAAUUGGGAGAGGUCCAUUUGGUGAUGUUUGGUUAGCAACUCGGCAUCAAUCCACUGAAGAAUAUGAUGAGUUUCAUGAAGUAGCCAUCAAGGUGUUACAUCCAAUUAGUCAGGAUCAUGUGAGGACUUUUUUAGAUAAGUUUGAUGAUUUAUUUUCCAAGUGCAAAGGUGUACAUGGUGUUUGUUCUCUGCAGGGAGUUUCAGUUAUAAGUGGAAAGGUAUGCAUUAUUAUGAAAUUCUAUGAAGGAUCAAUUGGUGAUAAAAUGGCUCGCCUCAAAGGAGGCAAGCUUUCGCUGCCUGAUGUUUUGAGGUAUGGGAUCAACUUGGCUAGGGGGAUUAUGGACUUGCACUUGAAAGGGCUCCUUGUUCUUAAUCUUAAGCCGUUUAACUUCCUUCUUACUGAAACUGACCAAGCAGUUCUUGGAGAUUUUGGCAUUCCCUUUCUACUCCUUGGAAUUCCAUUGUCCAGUUCAGAUGUUGCACGCAGGCUUGGAACUCCAAACUACAUGGCUCCAGAACAAUUGCAACCAGAGUUGAGAGGUCCAAUAUCCUUUGAAACUGAUUCAUGGGGAUUUGCAUGCAGUAUUGUAGAGAUGCUUACUGGCGUCCAGCCUUGGCGUGGAAAAUCAGCUGAUGAAAUCUACAACCUGGUUGUCAGAAAGCAGGAAAAACCAUUUGUUCCAAGUGGCCUUCCUCCUCCCCUGGAAAAUAUUCUUCUUGGUUGCUUUGAGUAUGACCUCAGAAUGCGUCCUCUAAUGGGAGACAUAUUGCAUGUUUUUGAGAGCCUGCAAAAUGGGAUUCAUGAUGAUGAAGGCUGGAUUAGUAUGGAGAACAAAACAGUCUUAGAUAAAUCAAGUAGCAGAAAUGGUUACACAGAGUGGUUCCUAAAGAAGGAUCAUUUGGAAGUAGGUGAUACAGUGCGUUCAAGAAAGCCUCUUAACUCCUGCAAAGCUGACAAUAUGCAUGUUCCAGAGGGAACAGCGGUCGGUUCAGAAAGCAAUACAGAUCAACCUGAUGGUGGUUUUGUUUUGGUAAGGGUCCAUGGGAUCCAUGACCCAUUAAGGGUUAAUGUUUCAACUCUAGAGCAGGUGACUCUUGGGUUAGCUGCUGGGGAUUGGGUACGUCUGAAGGAGGAAGACAAAAGGCACUCACCAGUUGGAAUCCUUCAUUCCAUAGAUCGUGACGGAAGUGUUGCUGUUGGAUUUAUAGGUUUGGAAACUCUAUGGAAGGGAAAUUCUUCAGAGCUUCAAAUGGCAGAAUCAUACUGCAUUGGUCUGUUUGUUAGACUGAAACCUAACGUUCUAAGCCCUCGCUUUGAAUGGCCUCAUAAAUCAGGAGGAUCUUGGGCUACUGGUAGAAUUUGCCAGAUACUUCCAAACGGAUGCCUAGUCAUCAAAUUUCCUGGGAGAUUAAGUGUUGGCGAGGAGUCAAAGAGUUGUUUGGCUGAUCCAGCCGAGGUGGAAGUGGUUACUUUCAGUAAUUGUUCAGGGAUGUUGAAAAAGUAUCAACAUCUUGAGGAUUUUCACUGGGCUGUGAGACCCCUUGUGGUUGCACUUGGACUAUUUACAGCAAUGAAGCUGGGCUUUUUUGUUGGAAGGAAAAUGGUUAGGUCAAAAUCAAAAAAGCGACAGGGCAAUGCAACUCAGAGUGAUCUGCAAGAUAACCAGGCUGCUGGCAACCCAGCUUGGCUUCCACCACCGGUGGCAAAUCUUUUCAGGGAAGGUGUUGCUCGGUAGUAUCCAUGCCCCAAGGCAUCUAUUAAAGUCGCCGUAGGAACUAGUAGUACUGCUAAAUGGUUAUCUAAUUUUAUUUGAAAGAAAAUGCAGUUUCAAAUUUUAUUUGGAGUGUUGUACAUAUACUACUGCACUCAUUUUCUGUAGAAAUGCGCAGUCAAUCUUUGUUUCUUAGACUCGAUGGUUAAUGGUUUU